UAACGAAGAGAAUGCCAGCCAUAGCCAUGAAAACAUAGGUCUCCUCUUCAAAUCUUUACCCUUAAUUGGACCCACAGUUGGAUCCAUAACAUUAAUAGCAAAUUCAUCGCUUUUUCUCCUUAAGGAGACAAUUAUCAUCAUACCUGUUGAAUAUCGGCCGCCUACAAGACAUCAGAACCACUCUGUUACCUCGAUGUUUCUUGCGCAUUCGGAUCCAUACUGGUCUGUAUUUUCCAAGAAGCGCUCAUUUCGCGCUCAACAGGCCUGCAAAAAUUGUCGUCUUCGAAAACAGAAGUGUGUCGAAAAUCGACCCUGCUUGUUCUGUAAAGAACAGAAUAUCGAGUGUGAAUAUGCGGAGGUUCCCCCUCGAAAGCCCGAUAAAUUAUUUCAACUAGUCAUGCAGAAGUUGAACGCUAUACAGGAGAACGGUGAACAGAUCGAAGCAAGCUUGAACCGCAGAUUGGAACGUCUCGAAAACAGUCCGUGCGCAAAUGGCACUCAUUCUCCACCAGCACCCACCCAUCAUCCACAACAGCAUCAACAUCAGGAUCAGCAACAACACCAGCAACAACACCAGUACCGGCGAGAGCUAAAUGACUUCAAUGAGCAUAGAACCGCUGCUCAUUACCUCUUGAAAACAUGGCCAGCCAUGGCAAAGUAUUUCAAUUCCAUUGUGCCUCUCUUGGAGAAUUACCCGCUUAAGAUUGAAGAGGAACGGGGUAGUCUACGGAUAUACGGUCGGGGAGAAGGUCUGACACAUAAUGACCGGGCGCAGCAAGUUGGUAGUCGCGCGGGCAGCCAAGCCGACAGCGAAACUAUGUCCUUGUCUUCUACGUCGGACAGCGGCCAAGCUCCCUAUCGUUAUAUUGACAAGGUGAAUCGCCUCGAUCUCACGCCAACCGCGGUUAACAGACUUCUCGCGAGUUAUUUAGAUCACAUGCAUGUCUUGCAUCCUUUCCUCGAUAAAGCACGGCUAAAGAAACAGGUGGACGCAUUUGUAGAUAGAAUGAACCCUCCGGCCAGUACGAAAUCUCCUCUAUCUAUGCCUCAGCACCUUUCAGAACACCAUCGACCGACGAAAAGACAGAGAACGGAUAUCGAUGAGGGUGAGCCCACAGCCGUUCCGAUCUAUGCACGACCUGCACAAAGCCAUGUUCGGCCUCCAAAGGCUGAAAGGACCAUAACAAAUGCAAUCAUCCUGCUUGUCCUUGCAUUGGGCGCAGUUCUGCAUGAAGAUGCACCGAUCGGAGGUGUCCUCGACCCUCGCAAGGAAAUUGC